AGAUAACAACAACAACAACAUCAACAAACAGAGGCAAAACAUAGUCGGGUUACUGCUUUAGCUUGCAAAGUCUCCAGUGAAGAUUCAGUUCUCCUGCUCUGUUUCUGAGCUGCCGCCCAUCCCAGUUCCAGAAGGCAGGCUUCUCGGAGCGGCUGUACACCAAGGUGGAGCCCAGGCUGGAGACAGUGAGGGUCACACCCUGAAAAGGAUGCACCCUGAGCCUUCCUGAGGGUGUGAAGCUGAGCUACACACGUGGAGCUGGUAUGGCAAAGCCUGCUGAUCUUGCUACUUUAUUUUAGAAGUUCGACAGUGGCCUGGGAGUAGGGGAGCCAAAUGGGCCUGAUAGGGUCCAGGAAAUGAGAGACAGCCUCUGUCAUUUUCCCUUUCAGAAAGGGUUCUAGAAUUUUACCUGUGGUCUUUUGUGACAUUGCCACCAGGUGGAAUGGUGGGCAGAAGAUAAAGGCAUUUCACCAUCCUAUUCCCCAUUUAAUCAGCUAUGAGCUCCAAAGAAGAUCCAUCAUUUCGUUACCAUCAGAAAAGGACGCCAUUACCAACAGUGCCAAGACACCUAAGCAAAGGCUGGCGUCAAGAUUAUGCUAAUUAAGUCCCCGUCUCAGUGUCUUGUUGCCUGGUGACAAAGUUUCACAGCUGAGGAGGAGGAACUGAGACGACCAGGGAGUUUUUUGAAAAACACAACGAUGUCUGUCUCAUUCACCGCGUAUCUCCCGACCUGAUCCUGACUUACAGAAUGCCUCAAGCACAAAUUGUUGAAUGAAUGAAUGAUUAAGCAAAGUAUAUCUUCUAGCAGUUUCAUGUGACUUUUUCCUCAAACUAAUCACCUCCCGAUCAGAACAACAUACUUCAGACAUACUCCCUCACUAAAACAACAUGGCCAAGGGCGGGAAAGUCCCCAAGGGCAAGAAGAUCACCCUCAAGGUGGCCAAGAAUUGUAUCAAAGUCACAUUUGAUGGGAGAAAACGCCUUGACUUGAGCAAGAUGGGACUUACCAACUUUCCCAAGUGUAUUCUGCGACUGAAUGAUGUGGACGAGCUCGACCUCAGCCGGAAUUUGAUUCGGAAGAUCCCUGACUCCAUCUCCAAGUUCCAGAAUCUACGAUGGCUGGACCUGCACAGCAACUACAUUGACAAGCUCCCCGAGUCCAUUGGCCAGAUGACUACUCUGCUCUACCUCAAUGUCAGCAACAACAGGCUGACCACCAACGGGCUGCCAGUGGAGCUCAACCAGCUCAAGAACAUCCGCACUGUGAAUUUCGGCUUGAACCACCUGGACAGCGUGCCCACCACGCUGGGCGCUCUGAAGGAGCUCCAUGAGGUGGGCCUCCACGACAACCUGCUGAACAGCAUUCCCCACAGCAUCGUCAAGCUCCCGAAGCUGAAAAAGCUGAACACGAAGCGAAACCCCUUUCCCAAACCAGAAGAGUCGGAUACGUUCGUAGAUUCCAUCAAAAGGCUGGACAACUUACAUCUAGUGGAUGAGAAGGAUCUGUGUGGGCCUUGCCUGAGAAAAUGCCAGCUGGCCCGGGACAAGCUGAACAAAAUAAAGAACAUGGCCACAGCGACACCCAGAAAGGCCAUCUUUUCCAGUUUGAUCGCGCCCAACUCCAUGGCCAAGGAGUCCCAGGAGGAGUGGAGGGUAUGCUCAGCAUCUCCCUAGAGUAGCUUAUGGCCGAAACCUGAAGACUAGUCAGCCAACAAGAACAAACAGCUCUGCGGGAGAAGAGAGAGCGCGGCAGGGGAACGUUCUGGAAGCCAGGCUCUCUGGUGCUGGCCAAGCCACUGACUCGUGUCUUACGUUCACUUUGUCUCUCUUUGCUUUAGGACAUCUGCGUGUGAAAAUGACUUUGGGAAAUAUUUGGUAUGGUUUUCUUAAGGUAUUGAAAGGAAAUAUUUAAUAAAAUGAUAGAUAAGAAUUAUAGGCCAAGAUUUAGAAGAAGACUUUAAGACUUAAAGACUUAGGGUUUCUACAUUUCACUUGAACUGUUAAAACCUCAACACCAGUCGCCUGUGAUCAAUUAUAUAUAAUGCAACACCUCCAGCAACUAAAACUUAUACAAAAAAUUCAUAUAAAGAAAUAUACUCAAAAAUGCUAUAGACAAAUCUAAGUAGAAUUUUAACAAGUCUUUCAGUAAUGCACAGAUAGGCAGGAAAAAGAAAAAAGAGAAAUGAACGACAGGGAAAAGAAUAGGAAACAAAAAAUAAUAUGGCAGAUUUAUCUGUUAUCAUUUUAAUAAUUACAUUAAAUGUAAACAGUCUUCUUUAUUUGUAAAAGGCUCAAACUAGGAACAGCCAAAUUUCCUCAAUAGACAAAUGGUUAAAAAAACUCUGGCAUAGCCAUAUCAUGGAAUACUACUCAGAGAUGAAAAGGAUGAUACCAAUGAUACAGCCAACAACGUGGAUGGAUCUCAAUGGGAUUAUUAUGAGUAAAAAAGGCCAAUCUCCAAAGAUCACAUACUCUAUGAUUCCAUUUAUAGGACAAUCUCUAAAUGAAAAAAUAGAGAUGGAAAACGGAUGAGUGGGUACCAGACUUUAAGCCUGAUGGGGGUGGCAGAGUGCGGGCAUGACCAUAAACUGGUAGCACAACAGAUGUCUUUGUAGUGAUAAAAAUCAUCAUGUAUGUUGAUAGUGGUGGUGGUUACAUGAGUUUACACGUAUGAUAAAAUGACUCAGAACUAUGCACACAUAUUGUACCAAUGUCGAUUUCCUGGUUUUGAAAUUUACUAUAGUUACAUAAGAUGUAACCAUUGUGGGAAAUUACGUGUAUUAUUUUUGCAACUUCCUGUGAACCCAUAGUUAUUUUCAAAUAAAAAAAAUUAAAAACCAUCUUGCAGCCUAGAUGCAGCAAUAAACAGAUCCUUGUA